AUGGAUUUGCGGCGACGAUCCGGAAAUGCAAUCAGCACCAAGAACACCGAUGGACGACCGAAGGCGCUGGGGAAGAUGGCGAUGGGUCACAGGCGACGGGGAACGGCGACGAGGAGGAACGGCGCUGAGGAAGAUGGUGAUGGCGAUGGCGACGGCGACGGGUCACAGGCGAUGGGUAAGACGACGAUGGAAACGGGGAACGGCGACGAGGAGGAAGGAUUUGGAGUCGGAAGCGGCGCUUCCUUGUCUCCACGAAGAAGAAUGAAAAUUAGGGUUCUGCAGAACAGCCCGACCCCGACCCACCUUCCCCUUUAA